AUGGCUUCAGUGGCCCUCAGAAACCCUAAUUCGAAGCGCCUCUUGCCAUUCUCCUCACAAAUCUACUGUUGCUGCCGAGGAUCGGCUUCCACUCAUCCCUCAGUUUCCGAAUCUCUCUUUUCUUCAAAUGACAGAAACUCUUCUGCUUGGUGGAGAUCAAUGGCCACCUUCACCAGAAAUAAACCUCAUGUGAAUGUGGGAACAAUUGGACAUGUUGAUCAUGGCAAGACUACCUUGACUGCAGCUAUUACAAAGGUGCUAGCAGAAGAAGGGAAAGCCAAGGCCAUUGCUUUUGAUGAAAUUGACAAGGCCCCUGAAGAGAAAAAGAGAGGAAUUACGAUUGCAACGGCCCACGUGGAGUAUGAAACUGCUAAGCGUCACUAUGCCCACGUGGACUGCCCUGGACAUGCAGAUUAUGUUAAAAAUAUGAUUACUGGGGCUGCUCAAAUGGAUGGUGGAAUUCUGGUUGUAUCGGCUGCUGAUGGGCCCAUGCCACAAACGAAGGAACAUAUUUUGCUUGCUCGCCAGGUUGGUGUACCUUCACUUGUGUGCUUCCUGAAUAAAGUUGAUGUUGUAUCAGAUCCAGAGUUAAUAGAGCUUGUGGAAAUGGAAGUCCGAGAACUUCUUAGUUUCUACAAGUUUCCUGGAGAUGAAAUCCCUAUUGUUCAGGGAUCGGCAUUGUCUGCUUUGCAGGGUACAAAUGAGGAAAUAGGCAGGAAAGCCAUUUUAAAGUUAAUGGAUGCUGUGGAUGAAUACAUUCCUGACCCUGUGCGUCAACUCGACAAGCCUUUCUUGAUGCCAAUAGAAGAUGUUUUCUCAAUUCAGGGACGUGGAACUGUUGCAACUGGCCGUGUUGAACAAGGAACCAUCAAAGUUGGCGAAGAAGUAGAAAUUUUGGGAUUAUCAAAAGACGGUCCUAAGAAAACUACAGUGACUGGUGUUGAGAUGUUCAAGAAAUUGUUGGAUCAAGGACAGGCUGGAGACAAUGUGGGUCUUCUCCUUCGUGGUUUGAAACGAGAAGAUAUACAACGUGGACAGGUUAUUGCCAAGCCUGGAACUAUGAAAACAUCCAAGAGGUUUGAGGCAGAGAUAUACUCCCUCACAAAGGAUGAAGGAGGGCGUCAUACUGCUUUUUUCUCCAACUACAGACCUCAGUUUUACUUGCGAACUGCAGAUGUCACUGGGAAAGUAGAGUUGCCAGAAAAUGUUAAGAUGGUUAUGCCUGGGGACAACGUUACUGCAAUCUUUGAGCUGAUCUUACCAGUUCCUCUUGAAAAAGGACAAAGGUUUGCCUUGAGAGAGGGAGGUAGAACAGUUGGAGCAGGGGUAGUCUCAAAGGUCCUUGAUUGA